CUCGGACAGGGGUUUGAAGCCCCCCAAGGUGGGAUUGAACCGCGGGUGGGAUGAUCGGAACUCGAGCGCAAUGGAGAUCUGACCACGCAUGCGUCUUUUUUUCCGUAAUGGUAGUUCUUUGCACCCAAGUGUUGAUCUCCGAAGGCUAACUUAACCUACUUCCUUCUUAUUCUUCUCGUCCGUUGUCGUUUUAUUGCCCUUUUCCUCCGAAGCUGGAAGGUUUGCCUUAGCACCAACCAGGAUUUCUUUCCCUCAUUCUUUUUUUUUUCUUGUCUUUCGUUUGCGCGCCCUGUAGCUCUUGUCUUGAACUACAGGUCCCACGUCAUCCAGUCAAGCCUUGUCCACGCCAGGGUCUCGAUCCCAGCAAGAGCGCAGGUCGCUAUCUCAGAAACCUAAAGAUGGCGGUUGUUGACGCCACAACCCGCAAAAGGGUCCUUAGGGUGAUAUUCAUCUCCCUGCUGUUGGAUCUGAUAUCCUUCACCUUCAUUCUUCCGCUGUUCCCAAAGCUGCUGGAGUUCUACCGAAAUAGCGAGGCGCCCACCGGUUUGCUAGACGAGCGGCCCCGUACCCUCCUGUCGAACGUCUUGGACUAUCUCAACGCCUACAAGGCCGCGUUUGCGCGCCCUAUCGAUUCCCGAUAUGACAUCGUAUUGCUUGGUGGAGCUCUGGGGAGCUUGUUCUCUCUGCUCCAAGCUAUCGCAUCCCCCAUCAUCGGCCAACUCUCAGAUCGGUACGGCCGCCGAACUGCACUUCUCUCCAGCAUGAUGGGUAACAUUCUUUCUGUGCUGCUCUGGGUCAUGGCAGUCGACUUCCGCACCUUUGUCCUGUCGCGAGUCGUCGGCGGCUUGUCAGAAGGCAACGUGCAGCUCGCGACCGCCAUCGCUACCGACAUAUCCGACGAGGGCAGCCGGGGCUCUACCAUGGCCCUCAUCGGGGCCUGUUUCUCCAUCGCCUUCACGUUCGGCCCUGCACUCGGCGCAUACCUCAGCUCCAUUCCCUUAGUGGCCGCCAACCCGUUUGCCACUGCCGCUGGGUUUUCGCUCUUCCUAAUCGUAGCCGAGACGGUAUACCUGUAUGCUGCGCUUCCCGAGACUCUGCCAGCUCUCACUCAGACCAAGAAGGGCACGAGCACCAAGGAUAACAACACUACCGCGAAACCCAAGAACGCCGUCAGGACCAACUCGCAUUUGAUGUUGAACGCCACGCACCUCUUCUUCCUGCUCUUUUUCUCUGGCAUGGAAUUUUCGCUGCCCUUCAUGACCUACGACCUCUUCGGCUACACCUCGGCCAAGAACGGGCGCCUGCUCGGCUACAUCGGCCUGGUGGCCUCGAUCCUGCAGGGCGGCGUCACGCGCCGGAUGCCGCCCCUCCUCACCGUCCGCAUCGGCGUCGUGGCCUGCCUGCUGGCCUUUGGAAUCCUCAGCCGCGCGUCGUCCGUGACGGCGCUCUACGUCGCGGCCACGUGCCUGGCCACCACCUCGGCCACCGUCGUCACGGGUCUCAACACGCUGAGCAGCCUGGAGGCCGGCGAGGCGGAGCGCGGUGGCAAGCUGGGCAACCUGCGCAGCUGGGGCCAGCUCGGCAGGGGGUUGGGACCUGUCCUCUUUACGAGCAUCUACUGGUGGGCCGGGCGCGAGACGGCCUACACGAUCGGUGCCCUGGGCAUCGCGGGCGUCAGUGCUGGUGUCUUCAUGGGGCUAAAGUCGCCCCCUGGGUUUGAGAGAGCUGGUGCGAGUAAGGGUAAGGACAGCCCUGGAGAGAAGAAGGACUUGUAAUAUUUACUUGGUGUAAAGGGUAUAUAUACGCCUGUAUGGUGGUGAGACAUAUGUAACUAGAAGGCCUUGUUAUUCGAAUUUUAUUAUUUAUUUGCAGCGAGGAAUUUUCCUG